AUGGUGAAGCCUCGUACACCCAUAGCUAACCCCGCUUCUGCCGGCACAACCUCCACGAAAAGCCCCGCCGCCGUAAAGAAAGUCACGAUCGCUCCAGAAUCCUUACCACCCUCCCAACGCAACAAGAAGGCCCCCCGUAAGCUUGAUACGCGCGGCAGCAACCCGGUAACAGCAACCACGGGCGCCGCCACGUCUGCCCUCAAUGCCGGCGUCAACACAGCCACAUCGGCCCUGACCGGCACGACCUCGACUGCUGUAGGUGCUACAAACGCCCUCACCUCCGGUGUAACCGGCGGCGUCUCCAAGACGGCGGAUCGCCUCCCCCCAGGCGUUGGCCAGCCCGUCUCACACAUUUCGUCGGGGGCGGGCAAGACGCUGACGGGCACGACGAGCGGCGUGCGUGACGCGGCCAACAGCACAGUCAAGGGCGUUGGCUCUGCCGUCACGGGCACCACGUCUGCCCUGGGCCAGGGCGACAUCGGCGGCGCCGUUGGUGGGCUCACUGGCGGUGUGGGCAGCACCGUUGGCGGCGCUGGUAAAGGGCUUGGCGAUGCGCUUGAGGGCGCAACGGGCGGUGUCGGGCACACGCUCGGCGGUCCCGUUGGCGGCGUCGUCGGUGGCGUCGGCAAGGGCCUCGGCGAUGCGGUCGGCGGCAUCACCGGCGGCCUUGGGGACGGCGUGACGAGGCUGGGGAAAGGCGAUAUUGUAGGUGGGUUAGGUAGCACCGUUGGUGGCGUUGGCAAAGGCUUGGGUGGGUUGGCCGGGGGAGUGCUGGGCGGUGUAGGCGUAGGAAGGAAGGAAGAGUAG